CAGCCGCCGUGAGACGGCAGGGUAGCGAGGCGAGGUGCCCAGACUAGGAAUGGGGGGGCGCCCCGGCUCACCCCGGCCGCCCCCAGAGCGGUCCGCGGGGCGGCCGCGGGGAGACCCUCCCGUCUCUCUCUGCGUCCCCGUGUCUCCGUGUCUCUGAAGCCGCCACCUAAUCUCGGCUCGCGGCGCUCUGGCCCCAGCCUCACAUGACCGGGCGGCCCUGCCGGCCCGGAGGGGUCGGGGUGGAGAGCGCGGGGCGCGGGGGGGAGGGCGGCGCCACGGCCUCGUGACUGCGGGCCCGGCACCUGGCGGGAGUGAGGAUGGGGGCCAGGUUGGAAGGGGACCCAGACAGGCCAGCCGACCCCGAGAGACGCCCGCCCCAGCCCCCAGGGGCGUGGGCCCCCGGGAGGCGGGUCCGGCCUGGGGGGCUGGGCCACCGCCGGGUUAAAGGCGGCUCCUUGUCGGGCCGCUGCUCCCUCCUCCGCACCCUCGCCCCGCUGUGAUGGCCUCGUCGCCACUCCUGCCGUUCCUGCUGUUCCUGCUACUGCUGCUGCUGCUGCUGCUGCUAGCGCCGGAGGACCCCACGGCGGCGCGGGCGUCCCCGCUGGAAACACUCCCCGAGGGGGCGGCCGCCUGCAAGGCUGGGGGCCUGUGCCUGCAGAUGCCCCCCAGGAAGUCACAAGCGCCACCUGUCAACGUGAGCCUCUACUACGAGGCGCUGUGCCCCGGCUGCCGGGUCUUCCUAGUCCGAGAACUCUUCCCGACCUGGCUGAUGGUCCUGGAGAUCCUCAAUGUCACACUGGUGCCCUAUGGAAAUGCCCAGGAACAAAAUGUCAGCGGCAGGUGGGAGUUCACAUGCCAGCACGGUGAGCAGGAAUGCAAGCUGAACAAGGUGGAGGCCUGCCUGUGGGACCAGCUAGAGAAGAACUUGGCCAUCCUGACCAUUGUCUGCAUAGAGGAAAUGGAUGACAUGGAGAAAAAUCUGAAACCAUGCCUGCAGAUCUAUGCCCCAGAGGUGUCCCCGGACACCAUCAUGGAGUGCGCAAUGGGGGACCGUGGCAUGCAGCUCUUGCACGUCAAUGCCCAGCUUACAGAUGCCCUGCAGCCGCCCCACGAGUAUGUGCCCUGGGUCGUCGUCAAUGGGAAACCCCUGAAAGAUCCGAGUCAGCUCCUAAGCCUCGUCUGCCACCUGUACCAGGGUGAGAAGCCAGACAUUUGCCAACCCAUGGCCAGCUCCCAGAGGGAAGUCUGCUUCAAGUGACAGCUGGUGCCCAGGAAGGAGCUGCUGGAGGAAGAGCAAAAGGGCACCUGUCCCUGUCUUUCCUGAUCCCUGACUCUCAGCAGCUGCUUCCCAUCAUCCAGAUAACUUAUACACAUUCCAUGAAAGCCCAGACUCAGAAUCCUGCCCCCAGAUCAAGCAUCUCGCCCCACUGAGAAUGGUGCUACAUUGAAACGAGUUUAAUAAACACUUCUGGAUUUUGUGA